AUGGCUGAUUCCUUGGUGAAUAGUGUUCUGAGCGGGCAGCACCGUAGCAUGCCCAGCAGGGUGCCAUGGGAUGUCGCAUUACCACCACCAUUGUUGGCUGAUGUAUCCAGCGCUGUCCACCAUCACCACCACCACCACCAGGAACACCAUUACCACCACCAGCACCACCAACAACAACAACACGAGGCUCUUUUGGCUGCUGAGAGCCCUGCCCUCAUUGCCUCUACGUCGUCUGUGAUGUGUGAUGCUACUUGCACCUGGAGUGGACAGUUGCCUCCUAAGAUUUACAAAAACCCCAUUUACUCCUGCAAAGUCUUUCUCGGAGGGGUUCCAUGGGAUGUCACUGAAUUAGUUUUGAAGCAGACCUUCAUAGAGUUUGGUAACAUAAAAGUUGAAUGGCCUGGCAAGGAGAGUCUUCAAAUCCCUCAGAAGGGUUAUGUGUACAUAACCUUUGAGCAUGAGAAACAGGUUAAAUCCUUGCUGUCUGCUUGCACCCAAGACUUGAGCAUUGAUGGUAAUUAUUACUUUAAAGUGUCGUCCAGAAGAAUGAAACGCAAAGAUGUGCAGGUGAUUCCUUGGGUAUUAAGUGACAGCAAUUAUGUGCGUUGUCCUUCAUACCAGCUUGAUCCUGCCAAAACGGUCUGUGGUGCUUUGCAUGGGAUGCUAAAUGCUGAGGGACUUGCAAUAAUAAUGACUGACUUGUUUGGUGGUGUUGUUUAUGCAGGAAUUGAUACUGAUAAACACAAGUAUCCCAUUGGCUCUGGACGUGUGACUUUCAACAAUGUGCCUUCCUACAAGAAAGCAGUACGUGCUGCCUUCAUAGAAAUAAAGACUCCAAAAUUCACCAAAAGGUGUAGGAUCUGUACUAAAAUUCAUACUUGUACAUUACGCACGAUGCUCGAACCUAGUUUCUUCGGUGGCCUUGGAGAAUGGCAUUUGCUUUUGCUCUCCUCCUCUCAAGCCGGUUUUUUACCUAAGCCCGUGAUUUCUUUCUCUUGUAUCUUGGAUUCCUCUGUCCAGCCGAAGAAGUCCUGUGAGCAUCAACAUAUUAUGUCCCAGCCUUCCAGGGGUCCUGUGUUCAUGCUUCCACACUUCCUAUAG